AUGGAAGAACAAUUUUUAUGCCCUUUCUCUCCAGGCCCAUCUAGCGAUCAGAUAAAAAUGCAAUGGAGUCCGGAUAAGACAAAUUUAUGGGAACAAAAUAUGAAAACAUACAAAUGGGCACUUCUAACCUUAAAUAUUAUCAUGGAUGACGGCAGUGGUGAAUACUGCAGUGCUGCUAUUGCAGAUGUGAUGUCAGAGAUCCUUCGUCGAGUGGAAAGGGAAAGGGUAAUUGGAUCUACCAUUCCCACCUUGACUUUACUUUUUACGGUCACUGCAUCACUAAUGGAUAAUGUUGAAGAUCCAUUAAUAGAGACGAGCCUGUGUGGAUUUGCCUAUGGAGAAAUAAGUUCCCAAUGGCAAGAUACAAACAUUAAUAGAGGCCACGAGCGCCAUUUGGCCAUUCAAAAAGGAUUUUUGGCACCCAAUGGAAACAUUAUUUGUAAUUCUUCCCAGUGCAACAUUUCCAAAAAGGAUACUGUGUGA